GAUCAUCAAACCCCAUCAAUCAUUCGGUUUACAUAAAAUAUUCAAGCAAGCGAUCCCUGUCAUCUCGUUUAUCUUCACUUGGAUAUAAACAUCAGCCAGCGUUCUAAUCCACAACACCCAAUCGCUUCAAAUUCGUCAAAUCAGAUAAAGUUGAAGGGAACACGAGAAUGGAGAAUGAAAUUGAUCCUCAAGCACCGGUUAUUAAUGUACAAGUGGCCAAUGCAGAUGAUUGUUUGGUGAAGGUUGAUGAAGGAAAUUAUGGUUGCAUACAUUAUAAGAGGAGAUGCAAGAUCAGGGCACCAUGUUGUGAUGAAGUUUUCGAUUGCCGCCAUUGCCAUAACGAAGCCAAGAAUUCCAUUGACAUUGACCCGCUUCAUCGGCACGAUGUUCCUCGACAUGAAGUUAAGAAGGUCAUAUGUUCUGUCUGUGACACCGAACAAGACGUUCAACAAAAUUGUAUCAAUUGUGGGAUAUGUAUGGGGAAUUACUUCUGUCAGAAAUGCAAAUUCUUUGAUGAUGAUGUUUCUAAGAAUCAGUAUCAUUGUGAAAAAUGUGGGAUAUGUAGAACCGGCGGCCAGGAUAAUUUCUUUCAUUGUGACAAAUGUGGAUGCUGCUAUUCAAGAUCGAUUAAAGAUACACAUGUAUGUGUGGAAAGAGCAAUGCACCAUGAUUGUCCUAUUUGCUUUGAGUUUUUGUUUGAUACGUUGAAGGAUCUUACCAUCUUACAAUGUGGGCAUACUAUGCAUUUGGAUUGCUUGAAAGAGAUGCAACAACAUCAUAGGUAUUCUUGCCCGGUUUGCUCGAAAUCUAUAUGCGAUUUAUCAGAUGUUUGGGAAAAGCUUGAUCAUGAGGUUGAAGUAACUCCUAUGCCCCAAACAUAUCGAAACAAAAUGGUGUGGAUAUUGUGUAAUGACUGUGAGAAUAUAUCAAGAGUGCAAUUUCACAUAGUGGGACAUAAAUGUGAUAAGUGCAAAUCUUAUAACACAAGACAAAUAAGAGGACACCCUUCUUCUUCAUCAUACACAUCAUCAGUUUCUGAGGAAGUUGUUCAUUAGGUACACAUAAAUGUUGGCAAUCAUGAAGGAAUCAAAGCAUUUGUGGGGAAAAAGGUGCCAUUUUGAUGGUUUGAUAAGUUGUUUCAAGUUUUUAUGUGGAGGAAAUAGUGAAUGAAUGAUGGUGGGUGGGUAGUGGUGGUUUUUGGGGGGUUGAUAGUAAAAGCUUGUAUUUUAUAUUUACUAUGAUGGGUAAAUUGAAGUAAAAAAGCUUGAUAA